ACAAACAUCAAACAGCGAGCAAAAACAUGCAAAGAAAGUUGGCAAUGAACAUGAUAGCUUUGAUUAUCAUGCUAUCAAUAUUUACACAAACAACAGGAAAUGAUCUUGCACCUGCUCCACACCCGACAAUACCUUGUCUUGACAACGUGAAAACAAUUCCAAAUUGUGUAAAAGCUGUGUUUCACUUCAAGUUCAAAGAGAUCACAGAGACGUGUUGCACUAUUCUACUUACUCUUCCCGAUGAUUGUUUUGGGCUUUUGUUUCCUAUUCCUCGUGUGUACCAUUUUCUUCUUAGUUCUGCUUGCAAAAAUAUAUAA